GUGCUCUGCUAUGCAGAUCUGCGUGGAAGAAGAGUGCGUGUCAAACGCGGAUCGUGUCGCGCCAUUUGCUGCUUCUGGGCUAACUAGCCGCUGACCAGCUCUUGAAAAUGCCUCAUACACAAAGCCCUCAGCUUCCUUUGGCGCAUGACCGGAAAUCGCGCAGAGGGCACUUUGCAUUGCACAGCCUGCGCCGAGCUCUCAGCAUUCCAUAGCUCUUGCGUGCAGGGACCUUGUGCCGCCGACUGCAGGGCCUCAACGAUGAUGUGCAUGGCUGCACUCGCCAUCCUCCGCACACGAGGUCACAUCGCCGUCGCCGUUGCAGGCUAAUUUGAUAAACCUGCUGUCUACGAAGCGGCAACCUAAAGGCCGUUUCUCUUUGUCAACGUGAGGACAAGGCACGUGGAGGACUGCCUUACCGAGCCUAACCUCGCGUUCACAUGGCGGUGGCUAUGCUCGGUGCGUAGAGCUUUGCGUGCAGCUCUUUUCGUCUCUGCUAUAUCGUCUUGCCCUUCUCUCUUCCCUUCCCUUCAUCGUCACACCUCCUCUAUCGUUCGAUUCGCACAGCAUUAUCAACAACGCAAUGGCCGAGCCCGAGCCUGACCUGCCCAAGGCGCAUACGUACACUGCUGCCGGGCUCGAACGCGCACCGAGCGCGGAUCGCGGCAGAAUCACGUAUGCUGACGAUGUGCGACUUCGUCGUAGCAGUACGCAGCAACAACACUUCGACAGAGGUCGUGGUGGCAGUCGUGUCCGCUCAAGAUCGCGAGACUCCUCCAUAUCAAUACGAACGAACCGAAGAAGCAUAGAUCCAAACAUUGUCCUGCCACCGCAGUUCAGAACUCUCUCCUUCGGCAUCGAAGAAGACAAGCGAAGAUUAAGCCUCGCGAAUGCCGCCGAAAAGAAAAAGCCCAAAACCAAGAAGCAAGCCGCACAGAUUGAGAUCGGAGACAUCGAUUACCACAAGUCCUCGCCAGACGAGCUUCUACGCCGCCUCGAAACGUCUCGAAGCGCAGGUCUCUCGUCAUCUGAUGCGGUACAGAAGUUGAAGACCGUGGGCAGGAAUGUUCCCUCGCCACCUGCUUCGCAAUGGUUUCGGAAGACUUUGGGUUACCUCUUCGGUGGCUUUGGUGCUAUACUCUUCGUGGCCGCUAUACUUGUGUUCAUUGCCUGGAGACCUCUUGGCGAGCCCAAUCCAGCAAUCGCCAACCUUGCCUUGGCGAUUGUCCUUGUCAUAGUCUGGCUGGCACAAGCUGCAUUCUCAUUCUGGCAAGACUUCUCCUCCUCUCGUGUCAUGGCAUCCAUCACCCAGAUGCUGCCUGAAGACUGUAUUAUCCUUCGCGAUGGGCAGCAGGUGCGCGUGGACGGCAGAGACGUGGUACCUGGAGAUAUUCUGAAGAUCACAAUUGGUAACAAGCUUCCAGCAGAUGUCCGCUUCUUGGAGGUUUCGUCCGACGCGCGAUUCGACAGAUCUAUUCUGACUGGUGAAACUGUACCGCUCCUCGCAUCUGUCGAUUCCACAGACGACAACUACCUCGAAACUGCUUGUAUCGGUCUUGCUGGCACGCACUGUGUCUCGGGCAGCGCUUGGGGCCUCAUCGUUGAGACAGGAGACAGGACUAUUUUCGGGCGCAUUGCGAAGCUGACGAGCACGCCGAAAGCCGGACUCACUCCACUGCAAAAGGAGAUCUUGUACUUCGUUGCAAUCAUCGUCGGUCUGAUGGUGACAAUGGUCCUCGUCGUGAUCGGCGUCUGGGCUGGGUGGCUGCACAAAGAGCAUCGUGGUUGGAUUACUGUGGCCAACCUGAUCAUUAGCUGCGUCUCUGUUGCAGUCGCUUUCAUUCCCGAAGGGCUUCCCAUCGCGGUCACGGCAUCAUUGACAAUUACUGCAAACAUCAUGCGCAACAAUAAAGUCCUCUGCAAGAGCUUGAAAACGGUCGAGACGCUCGGUGCGGUGAACGUGAUUUGUUCUGACAAAACCGGCACGCUUACCAGGAACGUGAUGACUGUCACCGAUUUUCUGGUCGGCAAGCUCUCAAUAUCUGCAAAUGAUGCUCCAGCUCGAUACAAAACAUGCGAGGGACUUCGGCAGCUAGCUAACACAUGCGCCGUCUGCAACGAUGCCGAGUUCGUCGCCUCCACAAUGGACUUACCCAUUGCUGAUCGCAAGAUCAAUGGUGAUGCCACAGAUUCUGCAAUUCUCCGUUUUGCGGAAGGUAUGAGAAGUGUGUCUGAGCUUCGGGAGUCCUGGCGCUCGAUAUUCAAGGUCGCUUUCAACAGCAAGAACAAGUUCGCAAUCAAUGUUGCCAAGGGCGAGACGUCAGAUAAUCCCUUGCUCAUGAUCAAGGGCGCACCCGAUAUCCUGCUUCCUCGGUGCGCUUCCUAUAUCGACGUGGAUGGCACGGUCAAGAGCAUGACGGAACAGGACAAAAGGACCUUUGAAGGCAUGAAGGAUUUCUGGUCAUCGCAAGGAAAGCGUGUCAUCUUGCUGGCUGAGAAGCCGCUCAAAGACUUGCCAUUCGAUCCCGUCGAACAGCCUCGAGAGUAUGAACGUGAUAUUCUUGGGCGAGCCGCCGGUGACUUGGUCCUCAGCGGCUUAGUCGGUAUUGUUGAUCCUCCACGACCAGAGAUCCCAGAAGUCGUGAGCACUCUACGCGGAGCCGGCAUUCGUGUUUUUAUGGUCACUGGCGACUUCAAGCUUACUGCUCAAGCCAUUGCUGCCGAAUGUGGAAUCAUUACCUCGACACCGAAGAAUAUUGACGACGUGACGCAUCUAUCAUUUGAGGCAGGGUACCUGGAUAGCGCUGGCAUUCCUGAACAAAUGUCAGAGAAAUCCAGUUCUGAGCUCAAGAAGACCAAGUCGAUCGUGCUCUCUGGCUCCGAUGUCGAGGUUCUGGACGAUUCGAUGUGGGACAAGCUUGCUCUUUACGACGAAAUUGUUUUCGCCCGCACUACUCCCGAGCACAAGUUGAAAAUCGUACGAGAACUACAGCAACGUGACCUCACAGUCGGUAUGACCGGAGAUGGAGUCAACGAUGCCCCUUCGCUGAAGGAGGCUGAUGUCGGUAUCGCCAUGGGCUCUGGAAGUGACAUUGCGAUUGAAGCUGCCGACAUGGUCCUCCUCGAUUCCUUUGCAGCAAUCGUCGAAGCUGUCAGAUACGGACGUGUUGUUUUCGACAACCUCAAGAAGACCAUCUGCUACCUCCUCCCGGCCGGUUCGUUCUCGGAAUUCUGGCCUGUCAUGACCAAUGUUUGGUUUGGUCUCCCGCAGAUUCUGAGCAGUUUCCUCAUGAUCAUCAUUUGUUGCUGUACGGAUUGCGCUGCAGCUACAGCCCUGGCAUAUGAAGCUCCUGAAGCUGACGUGCUCAUGCGACCACCACGUAACGCCAAGAAGGAUCGACUCGUCAAUGCUAAGCUCAUUUUCCAGGCAUAUGGUUUCUUAGGUGUGAUCAUGUCUGUGACCUCGUUCGCGAUGGCCUACUGGUACGCCGAGCGUAGAGGCAUUUCUUUCUCUACCCUCUGGUUCGGUUUUGGCGUUCCUCCGGCUGGUAUGAGCCAAGAGCUUUACCUGGACAUUCUCAACACAGCCAGCUCUGUCUACUUCGUCAAUCUGGUUGUUAUGCAAUGGUUCAACCUGUUCGCCAUCCGUACCAGACGGCUCUCGGUUCUCCAGCACCGCAUGAACUGGCUCCUGUUGCCUGCCAUCGCUUUUGCGCUCGUCAUCGCCAUCUUCUUCCUUUACAUUCCCAAAUUCCACAGCGUACUGCAAACGUCUGUGAUCCCGGCGGAAUACUGGGUUUUCCCCAUGGCGUUCGGUAUGGGCAUCCUGCUGCUUGACGAAGGACGAAAAUUCAUCGUUCGCAAAUAUCCCAAGAGCAUUGUUGCAAAGGUCGCGUGGUGAUCACCACCACAAUCCUUGACCAUUUUGUUAAGAGGCAGAGAGGUUAUGCAUUUGAAACGAGGUGAAUGAAAGUAGCAUACAUAGAUACCCUGGGAGGAGUGUUCCAAC